GAGCUGUGCCCCAUCCCAUCUCACAUACCACUACUCAUUUUGCCUGACACGCUUCACAACAGUUCACUUCCUUGGGUUCUCGUACCACCAACCUCUCUCGCCAAGAUGUCUACGGUGACCCGCGCAUACCUCGACCAGAGGCUCGCCGUCGCCAAGCGCUGCUCCAGAGAGGCCGCGGCUGUCGCCACCGUUGCAGCAGCAGUCCCCACCCUGGCGAGCGUGAGGAUGCUGCCGUGGGCCAAGGCACACAUCAACCCAACUGGGCAGGCGCUCAUCAUCUCCACCGUCGCCGGGAUGGCCUACUUCAUCGUUGCCGACAAGACCAUCCUCUCCAUGGCCAGGAGGCACUCCUUCGAGGAAGCGCCGGAGCACCUCAAGAACACCUCCUUCCACUAAUUAGGCUGUAAUAGAUCCAUAUUAGUAGUGCGCAAUAAGCCGUAUGCGCCGGCUCUAUCGUACGUAUCCGCUGAAAGAUAGUAUAAUGUUCAGCACUUACCCGAGAUCAGGCGAGGCUUGCAGACAGUGAGUGGUGUGGUGCACCUGCUCUUCUCUGCGUGCAAUUAGCACUUAUCUGAUGAACAGUGGCGGAGCUUGGGCAAGAAUCAUGGGGGGGCCACUGGCUGGGGGGGGCAAACAAAUUCACUAUAGGUUGAUUUUUGGUGCAAAAAUAGGCCUAAAACUAAGAUAUAUACAUGUAUUUUCUUGUGAGCUGGGGGCCACCACCCAGAUUGGCCCCAUGAAGCUCCGCCACUGCUGAUGAAGUAAUCAUGCAUGUAUCCAGCCAGUAAUCUUGAACUAAUUAUAACUUGCGUUUGUCCAACUUAGG